AUGCGCUCCUCACUCUUCGGAGGCCUUGUGGCCCUGAGCUCGGCGCUCGGCGCUGCGGCCAUGAACUACAACUCUUCCGCUUACAGUGAUUCGACAACCGGUAUCGACUUCCAGAGAUGGUGCGAUGAAAAGACCGGUUUUUGCUUUGGCUUGGCUCUCCCUGAAACGGUUGAUUCCGACUUCAUCGGUCAGCUGGUUGUGCCUCUUUCAUCCUCCAACGGAUGGGGUGGUGUCAGUCUUUCAAGCUCGAUGACCAAGGCUCUUUUGAUCGGGGCCUGGCCCAACGGCGACUCCGUCGUCUCGAGUCUGCGUGAAGCACAGUCCUACACUAACCCCGACGCCUACAGCGGAGAUGCCAGCCUCGAAGAGAUCCCCGAUGGAACUUCCAUCAACAGCACUCACCUUUCCUAUACUUUCUUGUGCCGCGGCUGUGUCGUUGGUACGCCCACCACCUUCGGUAAGGAUAUGGACAGUUACUUCUUUGGCUGGGCUCUCAGUAAGACCAGCCCCAAGUCCCCCGCCUCUUCCGACGCCACUUUGAACUACCACGCUGCCGGAUUCGGUAGCUUCCAAAUGGUCCUCUCUGACGCCAAGUCCGCCAAGUACUCUACCUGGGCCUCUAAGGCCAAGGCAUCAUCCACCACCACCCCCUCUGCGUCCGCCUCUGCUAGCCCUAGCAGCACUCCCUCGGCUAGCGUUGCCCCAACCGUCCUGAACUCGACUUAUGACUACAUUGUUGUGGGAGGUGGUCCGGCUGGUAUCAUCACCGCCGAACGGUUGGCCGAGACUAAGAAGAAGGUCUUGCUGAUUGAACGUGGUGUUGCUCCUACCGUGCAGAUGGGUAAUAAGAACGCUCUUUCGUGGAACAACUCCCUCACUCCUCACGAUGUUCCCGCCCUUGGUAGCUCUCUUUCCAAGCUUGGUCUCCUCGAUGACUAUCUUUGCGAUGAUACUGCUGGUAUGGCGGGCUGUGUUCUCGGUGGCGGUACUAUUGUCAACGCUCUUGCGUUCAUCCACCCCCAGGAGGCUGAUUUCAACGACAAGUGGCCUGCCGGCUGGAAGUGGGAUGAUGUCAAGGACGCUGCUUCCCGUUUGUAUGAGCGUAACCCGGGUAGCAUCCUCCCAUCCGCUGAUGGCAAGCGUUAUGACUAUGGCAUGUACAAUGUCCUUGGAGGUUUCUUCAAGGGUCUCGGCUGGAGGUCGGUCAAUCAACAUGAGCAGCCGAAUGAGAAGCACGAGGCUUACGGCUACCCGUCCUGGUCCGUUGCCAACGGCAUUCGUGCUGGCCCCGUCCGUUCUUAUCUUCCCUUGGCUCAGGAGCUCGACAACUUCUCCCUCCGCCUCCAGACCAAGGUCCGCCGUCUGGUACGUCGCGGUGGUCGCAUCACCGGUGUCGAGGUCGAGACUGAAUCUGGUGCCGUCGAGAUUAUCAACAUCCGUGCUGGUGGCAAGGUUAUCCUGGCUGCUGGUUCCAUGUCUACCCCUCGUGUUUUGUUCAACUCGGGUAUCGGACCUGCUAAGCAGAUCGAGAAUGUAAAGAGCGGCUCCACUGGCAUCACCGUCCCUGCCCAGGAGGAAUGGAUCAACCUGCCCGUCGGUGAGAACCUGAAGGACCACCCCAUGUUCACCAUCAACGUCCACACCAAGAGCAACUUCACUGCAUUCAACACCUCCAGUGUCCUCUCUGGCCCGGCCGCUGCCGUCCAGCAACUCUACUCUGAAGGCUCCGGUGUGCUGUCCGAGGGUGGUCAUCGCCUGCAGUUCUGGACCUCCAACGAAGGCAGCGACGGCAAGACCCGCUUCUACCAGGGAUCCUGCAGUGUCGCCAGCGAUGGUGUCAUCACUAUGAAGCUGUACUUGACCCACGGUGCAACCUCCUCCGGUGUUCUUGGAAUUGGAUCCUCUGGAGCCACCGUCAUGGAGACCGACCCCUGGUUGCAGACGGAUGCGGACAAGGAGGCCGUCACCCAAUUCCUCCAGGGCCUGCUGAACGACAUGACGAACUCAACCGCCGGAUUUACCGUGCCCGACUUCAGCUCUGCCGCCGACAUUAUUGCCAAGAAGACCAGCGGUGAUCACUUCGUCGGAACCACUAAGAUGGGUACUGACGACGGCCGCACCGGCGGUACCUCCGUUGUCGACACUAAUGCCAAGGUCUACGGUACCGAGAACUUGUACGUCGUCGAUGCCAGUAUCCACCCUGACCUGCCUACCGGCAACACCCAGGCCAUUGUCAUGAUUGCCGCCGAGGCUGCCGCCGCCAAGAUCAUCGCCGUUGCCGACUCUGUCCCUGCUUCCAGCGCGUCCGUGUCCGCUCCCGCCCAGAAGACCGCCUACCCCAGCAGUGCCGCCAGCAGCAGAGCUGUCACCAGCGCGUCCACGACUCCUGCCGCCUCCUCCGCGGCCGCCGAGUCUACCAGCUGUGACGAGACCUUCACCAGCACCGUUACCCCCGCUGAAACUGCUGCUCCCACCCAUGCUACCGCUGGUAGCACCACCAGGGCCGUCCUCAGCUCCACUUCUGCUGCGGCUGCUGGCACUACCUCCGCCGCGGAUGCCGCCUCCGUCACCGUGGUGACAGUCACCAAGCAGGUCGUGGUCACGAGCACCACAACCAUCACUGUCCUGCCUACCUUCGCCUAG